UUUGGAUUAAUAAUAAACUCGUCUAACCAAUUAAUGGUACCAUCAUAAACUGUUGAAGCAACAAAUUGUAUAUAUUGAAAUUCAUCCCAAUUCAUAAAUGCAUAGCCUCAGCUUAGAAAUAAAAGGACUUCUUGGAACUGUGGCCUUAUUAUCCAGUAGUUCUUGUACUUGUUAGCCACUUCCGAGCUCCCCUUAUAUCCCAGUUUUCCACUUAUUCUUCUUCAGAGCCUCCAUCAUAAGAAGAAAAUGAAGUUACCAAGUUAUUUCUUGGCUCCAUUUAUUCUCUUUGCCUUCGUGCUCUUGGUGGCUAAUGGACAGCCUCUUGUUCCUGCCAUGUUCAUAUUUGGGGACUCUGUUGUUGAUGCUGGCAACAACAACAACCUCUACACCAUUAUAAAAGCAGACUUCCCUCCUUAUGGGAGGGACUUUGUUAAUCACAAAGCAACUGGAAGAUUCUGCAAUGGAAAAUUAGCCUCAGACUUCACUGCUGACAACAUUGGCUUCACUGAUUAUCCACCAGCUUAUCUCAGCAAAAAUGCUAAAGGAAAGAACCUGUUGAUUGGAGCCAACUUUGCAUCAGCUUCCUCUGGUUACUAUGAGAAUACAGCAAAGUUAUAUCAUACACUCUCAUUGAGUAAGCAAUUGGAGAACUACGAGGAAUACCAGAAUAAGUUGGUAAAAAUUGCAGGGAAAUCCAAUGCUUCUUCAAUAAUAUCUGGUGGAAUCUAUCUCAUCAGUUCUGGGAGCAGUGACUUUCUUCAGAACUAUUACAUUAAUCCUCUCUUAUACAAGGCCUACACACCUGACCAAUUCUCAGAUAUUCUCAUCGAAUCCUAUGAUAAUUUCAUUCAGAAUUUGUAUGGGCUUGGAGCAAGGAAAAUUGGAGUCACAACAUUGCCACCGUUGGGGUGCUUGCCAGCUGCCAUCACAAUUUUUGGAUCUGAUAGCAACGAGUGUGUGGCAAAGUUAAAUAGCAAUGCUAUUUCAUUCAACAACAAACUCAAUGCCACUUCUCAAAGGUUGCAGCAAGACCUUUCUGGCCUUAAUUUGGUUGUCUUUGACAUCUAUCAAUCUCUCAACAACCUUGUCACAAAGCCUGCAGAUAAUGGUUUUGCAGAGGCAAGAAAGGCUUGUUGUGGAACUGGCCUGCUGGAAACAUCAAUAUUGUGCAAUCAGAAAUCCAUUGGAACAUGUGCAAAUGCAUCUGAAUAUGUUUUUUGGGAUGGUUUCCAUCCAUCAGAGGCUGCUAACAAGAUUUUAGCUGAUGAUCUCUUGACUAGUGGAAUCUCUCUCAUUUUCUAACCAAAAAGGGGUUUUGGUGUUAAUAGUCGCUUGAACCCUACUUGAGUUGUGUCAUGGAGAAUUCGGUUCAACUCUUUGUUGCUAUGUUAUAAUUUACAUUUCUAUUUGUUACAUGAAUUGUGGAUGGAAACAAUGAUUUUCCA